UAAAUGAGGUACCUUCUUUGAAAACAACUUAACGAUCGACCAAACUGGUAACUAGGGGUCGGUUGCCAGAGAGCUGUUAGUGAGGGGACCAAGGCUUGAUGUUAUUUCGUUACUACCCAUCCUAUACACAAACUUACCGUUGUGGCAGUGACGCCCGGCCAUCAACUGCUCGAUAUAAUUUUGAGCUGCAUGGGCAAAGCGGGCAAAGUUUCAAGUCAAACGAGCAACGCCUACUGCAUACCGACCGUGCAAUCUUUCCUGUAAACCCAACGACCUCGUCAAGUAUAUCAGAUUGAUUGCAUAGAUCCAAGACACGCAGAGCCGGUGGGGUAGGGACCCGCCGGGUUUUGAAAUUUCUUCACAAUGUGGAACGCCAUGUCGAUGAAAGAAGCCGUGAAACAGUGGGAGAUCCACCACCAGCAAAAGAUUACCUCGGCCGUCGAGAUCAAAUUGACAGGCAUCUGCCCGUCUCUCGACAAAAUGGACACCGUCAUGCUCUCCUUUAUUGCUUGCGAGAAACUCUCUCUAUCGUCCAAUAAUAUCGAACGUAUCGCCAAUCUGGGCAGUAUGAAACAUUUGAAAAUUCUAUCUUUGGGCAGAAACAGCAUCAAAUCCAUUGCUGGCAUAGAAGUUGUAAGCGAGACGCUGGAAGAAUUGUGGAUCAGCUACAACCAAAUCGAGAAGCUGAAAGGAAUCGGAAUGAUGAAAAAGUUGCGCAUUUUGACCAUGUCUAAUAAUUUGGUCCGCGAAUGGGUCGAGUUCAUGAGACUGGCCGAGAUGCCCAAUCUAAAAGAACUUGUGUUUGUCGGUAAUCCGCUGGAAGAGCGAUGCACCAGCGAAGGCGUUUGGCGCUCGGAAGUGGUGAGACGAUUGCCGAAUUUGGCCAAACUUGACGGCCAGCAAUGCAUGGAAACGGAAGUGAAUUUGUCCGACGCUCAAACGGAAUUGCAGCAGAAUUCUAGCGAAGAAGAAGAGGCCGACACCAGCAAAUUCAAAGUUAAAAGUGACGAAGAGGAAGAAGAAGAGGAGGAGGAGGAAGAAGAAGAAGAAGAAGAAGGAAAAGAAGAAAAAGAGGGAGAUCAGGAAGAAGAGGAAGAAGAAGAAGAGGAAGAAGAGGAAGAAAAAGACGAUUCAAAUGAUAAAGACUGCAGCGGCGAGUCUGAAGUUGAAAUGAGCGUGACAACGGGUCCAGUCACGCACUCCCUUGAACCGGUGACCGAGGAAAUCGGUCUGAAAGAAGAGUAGUAGUGAUCAUUUCCGUACGUGUGUAAAUGGCUAAUUUCGUUUGACCCAAAAUAAAAGAGGAGAAAAAAGUCGAGCGCUUUUGGAAUUAAACUAAUCACACACCGUGUUAUAUUAUAAUUCAACAGCAACAACGAGAGUAUAAAGAAUUGAAGACAAAAAAAUAAAAUAGGGGGGGGGGGGGACUGGCGCUGUCAUGGCAACGGCACGCACACGCACACACACUGAUGGAUAUU